AGAGAAAAUCUCUGCUUGCCGCAAUGGAAAAGAUCAAAGAAGAGCUUAUGCUUUUUGGGUUGCUUUCAUUGCUGAUGGGUCAUUGGACUAUUUUUGUGGCAAAGAUUUGUGUUAAGUCUUCAGUUUUAAGCAGCAAAUUUUUCCCGUGUGCUGUGGAAGGCAAUUCAUCAAUCCGUUCAAGUUUAGAGCAUCAUAAUAUGACAGUUUUCAACGAGCAUGGGAACUCUGGGCUGCAUGAUUAUUGCCCUGAGGGUCACGAGUCAUUUGCUUCUUAUGACAGCCUUGAACAGCUUCAUCGUUUCAUAUUUGUCCUGGGGAUUACUCAUGUUUCCUACAGUUUUGUCGCUAUUGCCUUGGCCAUGAUUAAGAUAUAUAGCUGGAGAGCAUGGGAAAGUGAAGCAAAGACAAUGGCUAUGCAGAGUUUACAAGAUCCUUCGCAAGUCACAUCAAAUGUAAGAUUUAGACGGCUUUCUACGUUCAUUGUUCACCAGGCAUCCCAUCCCUGGAGUCAGCACAAAGUUCUUGUUUGGCUGCUUUGCUUCAGCCGCCAAUUCUGGAGUUCCAUCAACCGAGCUGAUUACAUGGCAUUGCGCUUAGGUUUUGUUACAACUCAUCAGCUUCCCCUGACGUAUGAUUUCCACAACUACAUUCUUCGAAGCAUGGAUGAUGAGUUCCGUGACAUUGUUGGUGUUAGCGUGCCUCUCUGGAUAUAUGCCAUUUGUUGCAUUUUCCUAGAUUUUCAUGGAAGCCACUUCUACUUUUGGCUUUCUUUCAUUCCAACAAUUUUGCUCCUGGUAAUUGGUACUAAACUGCAUCGGGUGGUGGUAAAGCUGGCUGUGGAGAUAAUGGACCGUUGCCCAUAUAUGAAGCACACUCAAUUCAACUUACGAGAUGAGCUCUUCUGGUUUGGGAAGCCAAGGCUUCUUCUGUGGUUAAUUCAGCUCAUAUCCUUCCUGAAUGCAUUUGAAAUGGCAUCAUUCAUAUGGUCCCUUUGGGAAAUCAGAGAACCUUCUUGUUUCAUGGACAGUCGAACCUUGGUUGUAAUCCGCUUGUCAUUUGGGGUCAUCUCCCAAAUCUGGUGCAGCUUCAUAACGUUUCCUCUGUAUGUUAUCGUCACGCAGAUGGGGUCGCGGUUCAAGAAGUCUGUGAUAUCUGAGAAUGUGAGAAAAUCACUCUCAAAAUGGAAGAGGAGAGUGAAGAGCAGACAAAGUCCUUCUGCCUCGCUCCUUGGCGCGACAACAACAUCAGUGACAACGUUGUCCGAUUUGAUGACGUCCGAGAUGGUGAACUCAAAUUACAAUGCAAUAAACAGUGAGGAAGGAAGCUCCUCGGGAACUAAGGAGUCUGGUCUCUCGCAUGAUCUUGAUGAUUACUCGGAUACCCAUAUACAUUACGAUUCUUCUCCUUCGCUGACUUUGAGAAUUUGAGAUUCCUUCUCAUGAAUACGUGCAGCCAACCAUUUGCUUAAGGAAAAUUCAAGGAGGAAAGGGAACAUCAGAGAGAAAUAUCUAUCUUUUGCUUGGUACACUGUGAUUAAGAGUUCAAUGAGUUAUUGGUGCUUCUCUUCAGUAAUGGAAAUAUGGAACCUUCACUAAUUCCUCCCCCCCCCCCCAAAAUUUCUAUCCAAAAAAAAAAACUUCAUCUUACCAAACAUAACAUUUGGUUAAUCAAC